AUGCAGGUCUCAAUCUACAUGCAUGAUCUUGGCAUCAACCAGAACAACUACCUUGAUGCAGCAUAUUCAUCACCAGCAACCCUCAACUUGGACCACCUGGCACCUCCUCACAUCAGCAGCUUCUUCAUCAUUCUCUUCUGCCACACCAACUGCCCCUUCAACACCAUCUGGAUUGGUGCUCCUUACUGCUACCUCUCCCACAUUCCUCUACCACCUGCCAACAAGGACAACAUCAGAGCUUCUAACCUUGCUCUCAUGGCCAAGAACAAGGUGCUUCUGCAUCCCUGCUUCUACAGCUUCCUCCUCACCAGCAUUGACUUCCCAGCCACCACUGAGGACUACAUCCACACAGUCUAUGACACCCAACCCACCUACAACAUGCUGCUUCCCAUCAGCAUCAUCAUGAACUUCUGGUACCUCCUGCCAUUCACCAACAAGGCCUCCAACUUCAAGUACCCACCCAAGGACUACAUGACCUGGGCCAUGCACUUCCUUGCUUGA